AUGGUGAUUCUACAGAGUAGUAUGAAAAGCAAGAUCCAUACCUUACUUAGGCGCUUAUUGGAAUCAAACAGUUUAUUUUCCUCAAGAUCUUUGUUGUUUAUAUUUGUCUCUUCUUUAGCCUCUCUGUCAGCAUAUGCCGCAAUAAUCUUUAUCAGAAAGCUUAUUUACCACUUUAAUGAAAAGAGAGAAUACCAGAAAUUACGCUACUAUUACGUCCUCAACGACAAGACUAGAUCAGCGGUAGAUUUAUCUAUCAAGAAAAACAAGUCAUUGCUCAAGUCAAUCAGUUUGGUUGGGUUCAACAGAAAUGACUGGGCAGCCACCAGCAAUAAUGUUGCCGUGAAUUUCAAAACAGUUUACAUCAAGCAAAAAGAACGAAUCAAAAAGAUUCUCAUCAAAAGAAUCGAUAACGAUGUGUUUGAGCGCAACACUUUGAUCUUCAAGAAUUUCAAGAGAAGCUUAGUCAAUUCCACCAAUUCCAUUAUCAACUUCAAAUUCAUCAACCAGCUUUUGAUCAUCUGGAAUAUUCUCAUCCCCAAUGUUUUUAAUAGAAAUAGUUACUUGUUAGUUUGCCAAGUGAUUUUUUUGGUGGUCCGCACUUACUUAUCGGUGCUUAUUACCAAACUUGACGGGCAAAUUGUCAAAGAUAUCAUCAACAAAAAUUUCAAAAACUUUGUUGCUGAUUUGAUUUAUUGGUUUAUAAUUGCAUUCCCGUCUAGUUAUGUGAACAGUGGAAUUAAAUUCUUUGAGAAAAGAUUGUCGUUGAAUUUCAGAACCAAUUUGGUCAGAUAUAUUCAUGAUUUAUACCUUAAUGACCGUAUGGUAUUUUAUAAAAUCAAUCAGUUUGGAAUUGUUGAAACCUCGCCAUCAAAUUUGAAGCAAAAUGAUCCAAAAGUCCUUGAGAAUAUUGAUCAAUUUAUUACUAGUGACAUUACAAGGCUUUGUGAUUCUAUCACCUCAUUAAUCUCUAAUCUUGGUAAACCAAUAAUCGAUGUUGCCAUUUUCUCGAUGUAUUUGCGAGAUAAUUUGGGAAAUGGUGGUAUUCUUGGAUUAUUUGCCAAUUUUGCAAUUUCUGCUGUUUAUUUGAAACUUCAUACUCCUGAUUUUGGAAAGCUAACCAAAGAGAUGCAAAGUAUUGAAGGUGAAUACUUCAAUUAUCAUUCGAACCUCAUCAAUAAUUCAGAAGAAAUUUCGUUUUAUAAUGGUUUAAAAGUCGAAAAGGAGAAAGUCACUUCAAUAUUCAACAGGCUUAUCAAACAUAUCUCAUUUGUGAAUAACGUGAAGAUCAAUUAUAACUUCUUGGAAAAUUAUAUUUUAAAAGUGAUUUGGAACUCUUCAGGAUACAUUUUUGCAGCUUUACCUAUCCUUUUGGAUAGUGCUGCUUCUUCAAACAAAUCCACCAGUAUCAAGCAAUUUGUUACCAACAAAAGAUUAAUCUUUUCUUUGGCGGACUCUGCAAGCAGAUUGAUGUAUUCUGCAAAAGAUAUCUCGACAUUAUCUGGUUAUGUCGAUCGGGUUUUCAACUUAUUGUCUCUAUUGCAUCGUUGCCAUUCAUUGGAAUUCAAUUUUAAUGACCAAUAUAUUAACGAUAUAAAGGGCACAAUACAAAAUGAUUACAAUGGCCUUAGAAUGGAAAAGAUUUCCAUUAUUAUACCAAGCAGACAAGGGUCUUAUAAUCCUAAAAUCAUUAAUAAAUUGACGUUCCUGAUGAAGCAGGGAGAGAAUUUAUUGAUAUUGGGUUUCAAUGGGUCUGGGAAAACCUCGAUUGAGCGAGUAAUUGCCGGGCUUUGGCCAUUAUAUCGUGGCUUACUAUCCAAACCAAAUGAUAAGGAUAUUAUUUAUCUUCCACAAAUUCCUUACUUCCUCCAACAUGGAACUUUGAGAGAUCAAAUUAUUUACCCAAUGACAGAGAUGGAAUUUUAUGAACAAGGUUAUGUUGAUGAUGACUUGGUAGAGGUUCUCAGACUUGUGAAGUUACAAUAUUUACUUACCAGAGAGCCUAAUUACAUUAAUGCCACUUAUGAUUGGUCAAGUGUUCUUAGUGGGGGCGAGAAGCAGCGUAUCAAUAUUGCUCGGGUAUUGUUUAAAUCCCCAACCUUUGUUAUAUUGGAUGAGUCUACCAAUGCCAUCAGUACCGAUAUUGAAGAUUAUCUUUAUGAUUUAUUGAAGACUAGGGGAAUUACAUUUAUCACCCUAAGUCAUCGUCCAUUGUUGAUGAAAUAUCAUGAUUAUUUGAUUCAAAUCUUGAAUAAAGAAGGAGAAUGGAAAUUUGAAACCUUGGGUACUUCGAUGGCUAUUGAGAGUAUCGAGAAUGAAAUUUCUAGUAUCACUAAAGUGUUGGGUGAAGAAACCAAGUUGAUAAAGAGGAAGCAAGAAAUUGACUUAAUGUUAGAGAAUGGUGAUGAUGAUACUGACGUUGAAGAGAGUGGCGAGAUUUAUUAUGACAUGUAUAAUUGA